CGGCCAUUUCAUUUUGAUGCGCGUGAAUCGUAACGGGACAACAUGGCGACGCAGACGGCCCGCUACUACAGCGAAAGCGGCAGAGCAACGAAACGCCAGAAAACGGAAAACGAGGGGGGAAUGGCGACCGAGGACUAUGUUGAUCCGCACAAGACCCUCCCCUCUCUUGUGGUGCAUGUCCGAGGUUUAGUGGACGGAGUUUUGGAGGCCGACAUCGUUGAAGCCCUGCAAGAGUUUGGAACCAUCAGCUAUGUUGUACUCAUGCCUAAGAAGCGUCAAGCCCUUGUUGAAUAUGAAGAUAUGAAUGGGUCUUGCAAUGCUGUUACUUACGCCAACGACAACCAGAUCUACAUCGCCGGACAUCCUGCGUUUGUAAACUACUCUACCAGCCAGAAGAUAUCCCGGCCGGGUGACCCAGAUGAUUCCCGCAGUGUUAAUACUGUUUUGCUACUCACAAUCAUGAACCCAAUUUAUCCUGUUACCACGGAUGUUCUCUAUACUAUUUGCAACAACUGUGGUCCUGUUCAAAGAAUCGUCAUCUUUCGGAAGAAUGGUGUCCAGGCCAUGGUGGAAUUUGAUUCAGUUCAGAGUUCCCAAAGGGCCAAGGCCUCACUCAAUGGGGCUGAUAUAUACUCUGGCUGUUGCACGCUAAAGAUCGAGUAUGCCAAGCCAACACGCCUUAAUGUGUUCAAGAAUGACCAGGACACAUGGGACUACACCAAUCCGAACCUGAGCAGCCAAGGUGCAGAUGCUGAUGGCAAUGGGGGCAAUCAAGAUAUGAACGCCAACCCCAACAAGCGCCAGAGGCAGCCGGCUCUGCUGGGAGACCACCCUCCAGAGUAUGGAGGUUAUCACGGAUACCAAGACGAGAGCUACAGCGGAUCCUAUGAAGGCCGACGGAUGGGGCCGCCCAUGGGUGGUCCAAGGCGUGGUGGAACCAGUCAGCGUUACGGUGCACAAUACGGCCCCCCACCUCCGCCCCCCGGUGAAUAUGGCGCACAUGCAGACUCACCAGUGAUCAUGGUGUAUGGCCUGGAUCCCUCAAAAAUAAAUGCAGACAGGGUCUUCAACAUCUUCUGCCUGUAUGGAAAUGUGGAACGGGUGAAAUUCAUGAAGAGCAAGCCUGGAGCUGCUAUGGUGGAGAUGGGGGACUGCUAUGCUGUGGAUCGUGCCAUCUCACAUCUCAACAACAACUUCCUGUUCAAUCAGAAGCUCAAUGUUUGUGUGUCUAAGCAGCAGGCCAUCAUGCCCGGUCAGUCCUAUGAGCUGGAAGACGGGACCAGCAGCUUCAAAGACUUUCACGGGAGCAGAAAUAACCGUUUCUCCUCUCCAGAGCAGGCAGCAAAGAACCGCAUUCAGCAUCCCAGCAACGUCCUACACUUCUUCAACGCAGCACCCGAGGCUUCACCAGACUCCUUUACCAGGGUCUGUGAAGAACUUGGGGUAAAGAGCCCUUCCAAUGUCAAACUUUUUGCAGCUAAAGGUUCCACAUCAGAGAGGAGUUCGUCAGGGCUUCUGGACUGGGAGUCUGUUAAUGACGCCAUGGAAGCUCUUGCUAUGAUGAACCAUUACCAGAUGAAAAACCCCAGUGGCCCAUACCCA